UCCAGCUCCCGCAACCCGCCUAUCCCGCCCAGCACAGGGUACUCGAAGCUGCGCUCACGUCGACUGAUCUCGCUCUCAGGACCGGACGCCACGCACUAUCUGCAAGGGGUGAUCACGGGCAACAUCUCUUCUCCGACAGCGCGCAGCUCGGGAGGGAUCUACGCGGCGUUCCUGAACGCGCAGGGACGGGUCUUGAAUGAUGUGUUUAUCUACGCGGAAAGCGGCGCGGACGCGGACGGCUGGCUGAUCGAAGUCGAUGCGCAAGAGGCGGAGCGGUUGGCGAAACAUAUCAAGCGGUAUAAACUGCGGGCGAAAUUCGACGUGCGGUUACUAGAGGAGGGGGAGAGGAAUGUGUGGAGCGUGUGGAGGGAUGAGGGGAUGGCGGGGAGUAAUGCGGCUUCGGUAGAGGGAGAAGGGAGGGUGGGGUGCGAGGAUGCGAGGGCGCCGGGAAUGGGCAGAAGGUUGGUUUUGGAGGCAGGGAGGAAACCGGAGGAAGAUGGGGUCGAGUGUGAUGAGGGGGUGUAUCGCGUGAGGAGGUAUUUGAAGGGCGUCCCUGAGGGACAGAGCGAGUUGAUCAGGGAGGCCGCGUUGCCCCAGGAGAGCAAUGUGGAUUUCAUGGGCGGGAUUGAUUAUAGGAAGGGGUGUUACGUCGGGCAGGAGUUGACGAUUAGAACGCACCAUACGGGGGUGGUGAGGAAGCGGAUCCUGCCCGUUAUGUUGUAUGGCAAGGACGAACCGAUCCCAAGCGUAUUGGAGUAUCUCCCGGAGAAGGCUUUUGGGGUUGAGGAUAUCCCUAAGGAGACGAGCAUUGGAAGAUUUGAAAAGAGGGGGAGAAGUGCCGGAAAGUGGCUUGCUGGCGUGGGAAAUAUCGGCUUGGCACUUUGCAGGUUGGAGAUCAUGACGGAUAUCCAAGUGCAGGGAGAAGCCGGGGGCUACAAGGAGGGUGAUGAAUUUAAGUUGGAAUGGCAGGUUGACGGCGGCGAUCCGGAGAUGGCCAAAGUUAAGGCAUUUGUGCCUCCAUGG